AUGGAUCUGAAGGAUAUUCCGGACCGAUGGAAGCGGUUCCACCCGGACAAUCCGCCGUACCGCUAUUUCCCUAACAGGACAAGAAAGCAGACCAUGAUAUACUCCUGGUUGGCCAUCGCCGGUUGCACGGCCUUCGGAUACCUGCUUGCCGAGGCCAUCGAGUGGAAGAACUCGAACAAGCCAGAGAUGUACAAUGAGUACGCCAAAUCGAGCAUGUCUCUGGAACACCACGCGUUCGCAGAGAACCAGAAGCAGGCCUUCACCGAGAUCCUCAUGCGCGCCCGCCGGCAGCGUCUGGGCCUCCCGGCUCAGGCCCACGGGAGCGUGGAGAUCAAGGACCCUUUCGGCGACGACGAGUGA